AUGGUGGGAUUCGAAGCCAUGGUUACGUAUUCAGGUACUGGUUUUCUGCUAAACCCCGUCUUUUUACGUGCAUUUUCUGCCUCAUUGCAUCUAGUUUUGUUGCUUCUCCUAUUUGUAUCAUGGGUGUGCAAGAGAAUCAAGGGGGGUGCUCCUGAAAAUUGUAAGAGGACUAGGUUUUUGUACUAUAAGCAAACGUUUGCUUGCUGUCAGGGUCUGUCGCUGUUGAAUUUGUUGUUGUGUUUUUUGAACUACUUUUAUUGGUAUAGAAAUGGCUGGUCUGAUGAAAGGCUGGUGACCCUUUUGGAUUUAGUGCUCAGAACACUUGCCUGGGGAGCAGUUUGUGUAUAUUUGCACACUCAAUUCAUUGGUUCUGUUGAACCAAAGUUCCCAUUUUUGUUAAGAGUUUGGUGGGGAUUUUACUUCUCCAUCUCAUGUUAUUGCCUUGUUCUAGAUAUUGUCAAGAGACACCAGUCCCUACGAAUUCAAUAUUUGGUGCCCGAUAUUGUCUACGUCAUAACUGGUCUGUUCUUGUGCUAUUCGGGAUUUUUGGGAAAGAAUCAAGGCGAGGAAUCGAUUCUUAGGGAACCCCUUUUGAAUGGUAGUACCAGUAUAAGUAGAGUGGAGUCUAAUAAAUCCAAGGGGGAAGCAACUGUGACCCCCUUUUCAAAAGCUAGUUUUUUUAGCCUUCUUACUUUCUCUUGGAUCGGUCCCUUGAUUGCUGAGGGUAACAAGAAAACAUUAGACCUUGAGGAUGUUCCUCAGCUUGAUACCAGCAACAGCGUUGCGGGGGUCUUUCCAGCAUUUAGUAAUAAGCUCCAGUGUGAUAGUGGUGGAAGUAGUGGAGUGACCACGCUUAAGCUGGUGAAAGCAUUGAUCUUUGCAUGCUGGGCAGAAAUCCUAUUGACGGCUUUCUUGGUACUUGUAAACACAUUAGCAUCUUAUGUUGGGCCCUAUCUUAUUGAUACCUUCGUUCAAUAUCUCAAUGGGCGAAGGGAAUUCAAAAAUGAAGGCUAUCUUUUGGCUAUGGCUUUUUUUGUUGCGAAGCUUGUUGAGUGCCUUUCAGUGAGGCACUGGUUCUUUAGAUUGCUCAGUCUCCUUGGAUACAGAGUGGCAAGAUAGAAGAGAACAUCU